AUGAAUCGUCAAAGAGCAGACCGACCAAAAACUCCCGGUCGUACAUCUACGAGCGGUCACANNACCUCACAAUUCAAGGCCAACACUUACCAUGCGAUUCCUCAAACACCUACCAGACCUGGCACUCUCGCCUAUCGCGACGGCGUGGAGAUCAAACGUGACGUAUGGCAGCCUGGCGAUGGCAAUGGUGUGAGAGACAGCGAGUUUCCCAACAAUAGAUUGUUCAAGGAGAGAUAUCGCUUCUUCCAAAGUGAUAUUGGUUCCAUUGAGCGCGGGAUCAACUCACCUCCGCAUUUUGUCGCCCUUGACGACAAAGCUGUGUGGGACAUCGUCAUAUCCAAGAAAUAUACAGCAAAAGAGAGGGCUACGUUCUGGUCUCUCGACUUUAUGGCAAAUGGUGUUCUCAGAGGCAGCAGACGCCACAAAGGAAGACCAGCUGUGGUUGCCAGCGAAGCUGACGGGCAUGUCGAGGGAGGGAAAUCCCAGAAUGUUGGGUCUGUGCCGUGGAUCAUGGCGGGCAGCAAACCAAACAUGAAGAACUACUACCUCUGUGGAGAGAAGGGUGGUUACAAAGAAGCUGUUUUCGACACAUCCACAGUCAGGACCGGUGCUGUGAACCGUACGGCACCGCCCGAAGGAAGCCGUAACGGCGGCAACAGGACAGAGUAUGCAAGAGCAGUUGCCACUACGAAUCUUAACAAUGGAAGCAAGACAGAGUAUGCUGCCAAGCGAAAGGCUGACCAGCCUCUAAAUCCUCGACACGAUCGUCCUAAAGUCGGUAAGUAUCUGCACUCAACACCAUCUCCAGAAUGGCCUGGCGGCGUGAGGCGUCUGAACAAACCUCCAGUAGCAAGAUCUGUCGGUAGAAACGAAGUCGACCCUCCUAGUGGCUCAGAAUGGUCCCCUGCGACAAGAGUCGGCGGAAAGACUGUCUAUGCACGCUACGAUUACGGCGAAGAAGGACCUCAACGCAUCAACGGUCGUCUUGUAGCAUCUAGUGCGCGAACUCCGUAUGCUCGAACACCACAUGCGGAUGGUGCGAAAAACCCAUUCCCAAAUCACUCGAUGAGCGCACGAACUCCGUACCAUGGAUCAUCAUUCGAAGCAAAGACUCCAGGUCCACAANCCCCAUUGAGUGCACCAAUCCCCUAUUACGGCGUAAGUGAAGCACAGCCGAAUCAACAACCGCUUUGGCAGGAUGUGAAGAGAAUGGGAGAGGAGCUCGAACAGGCGAAGGGCAUCUUGCGUAUGCGAGAUGAGGAGAUCUCAAAUCUCAAGGCACAGAUCAAUGUCGUGGACACAGACAAACGUCGCACACAACAGGCAGUCGACACAACGGCAACCAAGGACGACGAGAUCCAAAGGUUGAAGGGGGGAGAUAAUGGGGUUGAAGCGGUCUUUGCGCUGAGAGUGAAGUUGAAGCGGGACACCACUGAGUCAAUUCACAUAUCUGCACACUGGCCGUUCAAGCGUCGGGAGAUUGAUAAAUUGCAGUCUUUGGACAAGUUACCAGGCAGCAUUUGA